CCCAAAACAGGGCCUCUGUCAAACGACUAGCUCCCCCUCCCACUAUCUAGCGCUGUACAUAAAGGUACGUCCACUCGAGAAAGAGUGUUUUCGUCAAUUAAUUUCACUUCAAGCACGACUGUGCGGCUAGUUUCACUUGAUUCAAAUCCGUUUAUAAUAAUUACAGUUUUAUGAUGACAUAUGCAGCUGCCAACACUCUGGAGAAAGCGAUGAACAUAAUGAUAUCGACAGCACUGCAUUCUGCUCUUGAGACAAACGACGAGGUUCAGGUGGUAUUGUUUUGUUAAUGCCAGAGACAUAAUUGAAAAACAUAUAAUUGAAAAUGAUAUCAGUGGCAUUCCACGGAUCAGUGUUGUUAUGUAAUGGCUGUCUGUAAGCUGCCCAUGUGACGUAUCAUGCUGUGCUUCUGUCCUGUCUCGUUCAUGUGUGCGGGACAUUCUUUGGAUACAAAUAAUCAGCAAACGCAGUUCCACAGGUCACUCAAGUUAAUCACUACCUAGACGUUGUAAAGAACGGGUAACAGCAACACAGAGGCAGUGUCAUCACUCCUCUGGAUAAUAACGGUGUACUCAGAACUGUGUCACUAUGUCAAGAGGUUAUGAUGAAAUUACUUCUUUUUUGGGAGAAUGGGGACCCUUUCAAAGGGCGAUUUUCUUUUUACUCAGCUCCAGCAUCAUUCCUAACGGGUUUAAUGGUCUGUCUGUAGUUUUCCUCGCUGACACGCCAAGUCACUGGUGUCAUAUACCCACAAAUGCCAAUAUUAGUGAUCAAUGGAGAAACGUGAGCAUUCCUUUGGAGGAGGUGAAUGGGGAAUUGCAGUACAGUAAAUGCAGACGAUACAGCCUGGGCGCGAUCAGAAACCUGUCCGCUAUGAACUACCUGCCAGGUGUGGAUGUAAACGUCACCGAGAUAAAGCAGGAGCGUUGUCUCGAUGGGUGGGAAUACAGCCAGGAGACGUACAUAUCCACAAUAGUAACGCAGUGGGAUCUUGUGUGCAGCAAUGACUGGAAAAUACCUCUUACUUCUUCAGUCUUCUACUUGGGGGUGCUGUGUGGAUCCUUUAUCUCUGGACAGUUGUCAGACAGGUAUGGGAGGAAGGUAGUACUGUUUGGGACUAUGGCAGUUCAAACUUGCUUCAGCGUCAUCCAGGUAUUCGCUCCAAACUGGGGUGCAUUCUGUGUGCUGUUCUUCAUAGUGGGGAUGGGUCAGAUCUCCAACUACGUGGCAGCAUUUGUACUGGGAACUGAAAUCUUAGGCAAGUCCGCUCGCGUUCUCUAUUCCACACUGGGAGUGUGCCUUUUCUUUGCGAUCGGCUACAUGCUGCUGCCUUUGUUUGCGUUCUGCAUCAGAGACUGGAGGAUGCUGCAGCUGGCCUUAUCUGUCCCUGGGUUUCUUUACAUUCCUCUCUGGUGGUUCAUCCCAGAGUCUCCGCGGUGGCUGCUCUCGCAGGGCAGAGUGGAGGAGGCUGAAGAAAUCCUGCAAGAGGCUGCCAGGAAAAAUGGGAUCGCUGCACCCACCAGAAUCUUUGAACCUGGAGAGCUUCAGGUAUCAGAUUGGGCAUCUAAAAGAAAGCAGUCCCAUAGCAUCCUGGAUCUGCUAAGGACCAAAAACAUCUGCACCAUGACGAUUAUGUUCUUUGCUGUGUGGAUGACAGUAAGUGUUGGAUACUUUGCCCUGUCUUUGAACACACCCAAUUUGCACGGGGACCCCUAUUUAAACUGUUUCUUCUCAGCUGCCACUGAAGUCCCGGCGUACGUUGUGGCCUGGUUACUCCUGCGAUGGUUUCCGAGGCGGUACAGCAUGUCUGUCACACUCUUCCUCGGUGGAGUGCUUCUUUUCUUCAUUCAUCUUGUUCCACCAAGUUUAACAAUGGUGUCUACUGCACUAGAGAUGGUUGGAAAAUUUGGCAUCACAGCUGCGUUUUCUAUAGUGUACGUCUACACUGCAGAGGUGUACCCGACUGUAGUGCGGAACAUGGCGGUGGGAGCCUGUUCCAUGGGGUCCAGGCUGGGCAGCAUCAUCUCUCCAUACUUCAUCUACUUGGGUACAUAUGAUAAGUAUUUGCCUUACAUUCUGAUGGGGAGCCUCACAAUCUUGUCAGGUGUUCUCAUUCUCCUUAUACCUGAGAGCUUCAGAGUGCCGAUGCCAGAGACCAUCGACGAGAUGCAGAUCAUUAAAGGGCUAAAACCUAAAAUGUCAUCAUAUAACCUCCAAAGCCCUGCUGAGGCAGAAUAAAGCAAUGCUGCAGUUUUUAAGGAAAUAGAAGCUAUGCUCUGAGCAGCAUCUUCUUCAAAUAGACUUUUCUGAAUCCAGUGUGCAGAACUGACACCUACAGAAGAAUACUCAGUGUGCUAAUGUUGAAUCUAUAUGCCUUAUCCAUGACAGUCGGGGUGCCGGCAGCUUUAUAGACUCAGAUUGUUUGUAAACUGGACUGGCAAACAACAUUCCCCAGACUUCAUUACUGUAGAUAAAAAAAUCUAAAUCAGAAACAAUGUAUUUAUUUAUUGCAUUUAUAUAGCACUUUUUAUACAAAAGUAUCACAAAGCACUGUGUAGUACAUAGCAGAAAAAAAAGAACAAACUACAAUACAUUUGUAUAGCAUGUCACACAUACAACUGUCCCAAUCAGAUCAUUUAAAUGAUCUGAUUGUGACAGUUGUAUGUGUGGCAGUGUGGCGUAGUGGUUAGGGCUCUGGACUCUUGACCGGAGGGUUGUGGGUUCAAUCUCCAGUGGGGGACACUGCUGCUGUACCCUUGAGCGAGGUACUUUACCUAGAUUGCUCCAGUAAAAACUCAACUGUAUAAAUGGGUAAUUGUAUGUAAAAUAAUGUGACAUCUGUAUAAUGUGAAAUAAUGUAUAAUGUGAUAUCUUGUAACAAUUGUAAGUCGCCCUGGAUAAGGGUGUCUGCUAAGAAAUAAAUAACAGAUUUAAAUAACAGGAAA